UGGCAUACCCGAUGCUGUGAACGGAAACCCGCCAUGGUGAUUGCGGCAUUACUCAACAGUGAGUUGGGCGUGUGGGAAUACAGCAGGAAUCGCCCUACUUUCGACAUGGGGCAAGAAAUGUCCCCGAUCGAAAACAAGUGUAAAUCCACCUGUUACGAUCUAAUUAAUUGAAAUCGCACGCCGAGAGACUAAGAGCAUAUCUGAGCAUCUUGUUCGUAGAUUUUCGACGGGAGGAGAGGAAAGAGAAGGCAGGUGAUCAUGGCUAGUCUUGGUUCGUCAUCCACGCGAAUGUUGCAUGCUGGUGGGAUUUACACUGUGAUUUGCGUUGGGUUUGCUGUACUCAUGAUGACAGGGGGUGCAAUGGCACAGUGUAAUGCGUCACAGUGUGCCAUCAUCAGCAAUACAAUCCGCUUCACCGUCGACAUCGACAGCAUCAUGACCGACACAUGCUUUGAUGAUGGUACAACUAUCACUAUCUCAUGCAAUCGAGGUUAUCAAGCGAUGGUCAAAGAGUACAACACCACAUGCGAUGGCGACACUGGAGAAUUUGAAGACGAGGGAUCCUGUGAACUCGAUAUGCUGACGUUGAUCAUUGCAAUCGUUCUGAUGUUGGUCAUCCUCUUUGUCUUUAUCCUCCUCAUUUUCCUUGUACGGAAGAGGUAUACCAAGAAGAAAAUGAAAGCUAUGUACGACACUUCACGGGACAUAUCAGAGAUAAUCGACGGGCACAAUGAAGAAGGGGGCGUGACCAACAUUGCUAUGGGCACCAUGCCUCCAAGUCCAAGAAUUUUAAUCCCCAUAGAGGACCCAUACGACAUGCACAAUGAGGUGGGGACCCAGACCACGGUUGAGGUUCAUUACGCCAACUCGUCGGCUGCUUUGAAAAAUGAGGCUCAGUCAGCUGCGAUGGGGAACGGGGAUAUCAAGUAUGCUAACGCAUCAGCUAUGGAGGAUUCAGGAGACACGAUUGAUGGGUAUGGUACCAUCAACGAGAAUGGGAUGUUACCGAGCGACCCCCAAGCAGGGAACAGUACGGAAAAACUCAUUGAUGCAGAGCGUGACGAACCCGAUGGACAGGAUUCCGCGAUAGUCCCGUACGCAAGCAUCGGCGACUGGCCACUCAAUCGGGCACGAAGGGGGCCUUCCGACGCGUCCCUCGGUGGCAGCGCUAGAGUCCGCCCGGUAACCGCUCCCCCCGUCUUUUCGGACAAGUCAGCUUCCGUCCGGGCGUCCGGUUCCACGGAUGGUAUACCGGUAGAGGCCGUGUAUGCCAAGAUCAACAAGGUGAAGCGAGCUUCGGAACGGUGGCCACCAGGCGGCAAGGACCCAACCAGGCCGCGAGGCAGACAGGCUGAUCUGGGCGACUUACUGAACCACAUCGACAAGCCAAGUCAGAGUUGGUCCCCGCAGAGCGAGGACUCACCAACUCGACCCGAGGAAGAAUCCAAGCCAGUAGAGGGCCUGUACGCAGAAGUUCCAGAAAACUUUGCCAGCAGUUCCGUCAAAGUGAAUCCCCCUCCACCAGCCCCCAAACCCGCCCGUGACCGCAGCAAAGCUUCGGGCAGCAGACCAAUCAAGCGCUACGCUCCACCGUCCCGGUCGCAGACUGUGGCCGGAGACAGCGAAACCGCCGUCAUGUACACCGAAGUGGACAAAUCACGCCCCGCCUCCACUCCAAAUCUCAUCCGCAGCAACUUCGCCCCACCCUCCCCUCCCCCAAUCGACGGGACGGACGGUCUGUACGCGCAGAUUGACCGCGACAGGAAGUCUAGCACGGAUGCAAUACAGGGUGACCGUGAUUCGCCUAACAAUUCCGAUGAAGGAUUUGUGGACCAUGGUAUCACCACCAAACUUUAGAACCCUCGGUGGCUACCGAACUAAGUGUACUCAUCGGAUGUUUAAAAAAAAAAAACCCUCACCAAAAAAGGUUCUCCGACUCGAUUAUGAUAUCUUUAUCUAAAAUAUUAUAAACAUUGUACUCAGAUAAUUUUAAAAUCGUCUUCGGCUUCUCCAGACUGUACAAUGAGGACCAACUAUUAACGUUUACACAGUAAUAUCCAUUAUAAGAAUACAGUGUAUGAUACACAUUAAUAUUCGGAUGUUUCCUUUAGGUUACGGUUAAUUGCCAAACACUUAUUACCGGCCAAAAACACUAGAACUCAUAUCAUGUAUACUUUUACAAACUCGUAUGCUCAAUUUGCUCAUACAAUCAUUUUUUUAAAAUUAUGCAUGUACAGUGAAUAGGCCGACAUAAUGAACAUUUGCACCUGUUACUAUUCACACAUGACGGGUUUUGGGGCCCACUUUCUGGAUAUUUUCCAAGAACACGCCGCCGCCGCUGGUGCGCAACAAUUUAACAACAAAUCACAUCAGCAAAAUUAAUGUGCAUACCACUAAAAGCGAAACCAUGUAAAACAAAAUACAAAUGCAUUACAUGUUUAAGGCUGUUAAUGUGUGAUUCUUUGGGAGAUUUUCGCUUUUUAGAGUAAAAUCAAAAUGUAUUAUAUCUGUAAGGAAUUUGACAUGUACGUAAUGACGUCAUCUCAUGGGAUAGAAUGUAAUUAAAUAAUUGUACAUAAAUGCAUUGGAUCAGAACAUUGGUAAACCGACAACUUCAGAAUUGAACAUUAAAUUUUAUGUAUACAUGUAUAUAUAUAUUGCUCUUGCUAUAAAUAUACUGGAAGGUGCCUUUCAAGAAAGAAAAUAUGUACAAGUACAAAGGUUUUUAUUCAAUUAAUUGGCCACUGUCAGCUCUGUGUUAAAUGACGAAUAAUAACUGUGUUUACUAUGCAAUAAUAUUGUAAAUAUUUUAAUAGUUUAAACGAAGAAAACUUUCUAGGAUGAGAACAUAUGUGAUUUGUUUUUUGUUUUUUUUACAUGCAUUGCGAUUUUAAAAAGUAUAAUCUUUUAUGUUCGUUACAUGUACAGUCAUAACAACAAUUAUGUUAUCUAUUUUUAUCUAUACGGAACACAUACUGUCACUCCAUGGGCUGUGUCUUCGAAUGUACAGACGUUUGGGCCUGGUUUAUAGGGUACUAAGACGGAAGUCGAACCGCUGGACGGCAAAAAAAAACGCUCAUUCGUAUUGGUUGCCGUUAACGAUGGGCAAUAUCGUACAUCUUGUUUUGACAAGAUAAAAAUUCCACAACGUAAAAAGAUGGUGCUUCUUCCAUCAAUUCACCAUCUUCAUUUUACCAAAUACAGAAACAUACUCUUUUAAGGUUCUGUAAUUAACCAUCAUUAUAUCGUCAGUCGAGUUGUUCAAACGGUGUUUGUUGUCCGUAUAUAUUCGUUUAUAUUUUGUAUCAUAGUAAUCUAACGUAAUAUUUUUUAUUAGGGAACACGCAGAGCUUAUAUGCAGCAAUCAUAAUUGGAUUUAAUUUCAAAGUGAAAGGGAGCUCAACCUACGUAUUCCUUUUAAGAUUUUUAAAGAAAUAUAUAAUUACAUGUAUUCAGUGCAUUGCAGUCAAUAAAUUAAUGUAAACAUGAAACGAAUGGUUACUGAAGUUCA